CAGCUCGUUCAUAUCUCGCAAAUUUCCUGCCGACAUGGAGAGUAUCAUUUUACCUCCAACAUUCACCGGUUUGUACCGACUUUUCCUACGGACAGCGGCUGCAUCUGUUCUGCACAAGCGUGCUGCAUGUAGUAGAAUACGACGUUUAUGGCGACCAACUUUUGAGGUCGCCGCUCAAGUGAUUCGCCGUCAUCUUUCUGUCAGUACUACUGACCCCGAGAGGCGACGUCUCGAAAGGUGGUAUUGCGUCUGGGAGCGGAGGAUUGACAACACCCUAUCGUUGCUGGCCGUCUCUGCACAGUCGCGCGGGCUCGCACACCGCCUUACGUCCAAUUUGAAUUCACUCCAGCGGGAGCACGAGUUUCAGGCAACCAGGCUGGGCGCGUACGAACAUGCGCACUACUGGAAUCCCAAGCUGCCUGUUAUGUCCGAGUACUAUCAGCCCAAGCCCAUGGCUUCGGGCCCUCGGGCCAACCGCAAGGAAGAUAAGAAGGAUAGAUGGCGCAAGCUGGACAUGAAGGCGUGGGGGGCGCUCGGAGAGGCCAUCACCAUGGCCGAGGGAAGGGAUGGCAUAUCGCUUGGGAGGAUCAAGAAUGGUAGCUGAAGUGCACCGUGCGGCAAUGUUCAAAACGACGUCGCUAAGCUA